GAUCCGAUUGAUGUUCUUCCUUUCCUUUUAACAUUUAAAGUACAUUAUUAUUGCGUUACUAGUCAGAUUAUCUGUUAUUAUCAAUAAUUUAUGUUUAACCGCGGUUUCAUGGUCGACGACCCCAUGUAUUAAUAUUUGUUUUAUUUCAUUGUAGUAUUUUUUGGAGUAUUGUACUAUCACAUUCCAUAAUCAUAUUAUUGUAGGAAACUCCUUUAAAAAAAAUGCAUGGCAGAGUGAAGGUCCGUACCUCAGAGGAGGAAAAAGCUAGGAAAGAAAAGGAACGCCAAGAGAAGUUAAAAGUGUUUAAACAUGCAAUGCAAAAGAUUCAGUUCAAGAGAAAACAAAAUGAGCUGGAUAAAGAACUACUUGACCUCACAGGAAAGGUCCUGACCUCAAAUCCCGAUGUUUACACGCUAUGGAAUAUACGGAGAGAGAUUAUUAUACAAUUUAGGCAAAAUGGAGAGUGUGAAGAUUUAUCCAAACAAUAUGAUGAUGAACUGCAACUAACAGAGUAUUGCUUGAAAAUAAAUCCCAAAUCAUACUGUGCAUGGCACCAAAGAGAAUGGGUGCUCACCACAAGAUCUGACCCAGAUUGGCAAAGGGAGUUAGAUGUUUGUAAUAAAUACCUAAAGUUUGAUGAAAGAAAUUUUCACACUUGGGACUAUAGAAGAUUCGUAGUGUCUCAAUGCAAGCCGUCACUAAAAGAAGAAUUUGAUUUUACAACUGAGAAAAUACAUGACAAUUUUUCAAACUAUUCCGCCUGGCACUACAGGAGUAAGAUGUUAGUUGAAUUGUAUCCUGAUUUGGAAGGUGGGCGACCCAUUGAAGAUGGCCACCACAAGCAUGAAUUGAAACUAGUUCAAAGUGCAGCAUUUACUGAUCCUGAUGAUACUAGUGCUUGGUUCUAUCAGAGGUGGUUAUUAGGUGCAGUAAAAACAACAAUAAGUCCGGUUGUCUGCGCUGUGAAACCAUCGAAAACUACCGUAGCAUUCAGCAAUCACGUGCCCUUAGAUAUAGUGAGAUCUACGACCAACUUGUACAUCGACGACACUCCUUUGGAAGGCGAUUGGGUGUCUUGUACCGGCAAUCAGUACGAUCUUUUAUGGAUAUUCAGGCAUAAUAGAGAAAUCACUGAUGAUUUGGAUAUCAGGGUAGAAUAUGAAGUGGACACUAACGAAAAACAAAUAAUAAAAUGCGUCAAAGCCGAUACAUGUGAAUACAUCGGCAAAAAUGAAAUCAGCUUUCAGAAGCAGUAUUCUAAACCUGUGAUAGAAGAGCUGAACAACCAACUCGUAGCAUGUCGACAACUGCUGGAGAUGGAGCCCGAUAAUAAAUGGACCCUUCUGACCACCACAGUCUUCCUAUAUUGUAUCAACGCUGAACUCUACCACGAUGAAGCUAUCAAAAAUCUACAAGAACUUAAGAAAAUAGACAAGCUACGAUCUGGUUAUUACGACGACUUGAUAACGAAAUGGAGCAUCGAAGCAAAUCUAUUGUUUGAUUACAAAUCAAAUGACAAUAAGUGUGAAGUGAAGUUCCAUAAUAAGAUAACGAGUUUGCCGUAUCUUCAGUAUUACAGUUAUUGCAAAAUUGUAGAUUUAUCUAGUCAGAGUCUGUCAUCUAAUAUUCUGCCGUCGCUAGUAGUUCUUCAGCAUUGUAAGGUACUAAAUUUAGCUAACAACAAAUUGACAACACUAAAAGGUUUCCCGACCCUGGAUUUGAAGGAGCUCCAUUUAGAAGGCAAUCACGAUUUGGAUAAAAAUGAAGAGCUUCUUAGUUUAAUCAAGAAAAACUGCAACUGCGAGAUAUUUAUUUAACCACCUAAGGCCCAAGGUCCUACCUAUAGUACUUAUUCAGUUCGAUGAAAUUGAAAUCAUCUUCAAUUGGAAGAGUCGCAUUUGUGUUGUUUCGUUAAAUUUUCAAACAAAACAAAAAUCAACUCUAUUCCCUGCGCUAUAGGUUCAAAUUUUAGUGACAAAUUCUGGAUUUUUCAUUUAUAUCUCCGGGCCUUGGCAGGAUGUAUUAUUGGUGGAUAGAUUAGAGAUUGUUUACCUACAUAUAAAAUUUAACUUUAUGAAAAUAUUUUGUGCUUAAUGUAUUCCACGUGUCCAAUGUCAUUGCGUCUCACUAUCUCAAAUGUGAGACCAAAGACAUAUGUAACUUCGUAUAAGAUGAAUAGUCUCAGGAAAAAACGUGCCUCGGAAGUCAAGAAAAAGUCACUCUCGGAUAGAUGCCGCACACACCUUUAGCCUAUACUGGGCUAGAUGGCUUGAUGCCACCGUUUCAUAUUUAACAAUUUUAACACAUAUAUAUCAGUGAAUGAACAUGGAUCAAAAUGAAAUAAAAAUAAUAAAAUCAUUUACUCAUAUAUGUAUAUACAUUUUUUUGAUAAUUUUAUACGUUUUCAUUUUGAGUUUUAGUCGUGUGUUGAUAGAUGGCAGUAAAUUUACUGUGACUACAAAAUAAACACUGAUAGGACCCCUCUAUACUAUCUAUUCUUUUUGGCGAGACGCAAUACACUUUGGACAAAGAAAUUGGAUAGAUGGAAUACCAUCUUUAUGAAUGAACCUAAUUAUGUAUACAUGUGUAUUUUCUAAGCUAAACUUUUAAGUAGGUAAUGAGCUAUCAUGUAAAUACUUUAAAGGUUGUUUGUUAGUGAUGAUAUUGAUCAAAGUAAAAAUAAAGGGACAUUUAAAUCAUUGAUUUAUUUUCAGUAUAUGUUAACAUUCUAGAAAGUACAUUUGUUUAACAUAAAUCUAGAUGAACACUGUUGUCCUUAAUAUACGAUGCAGCAAUUUAAUAUGUGGCUAUGUUAAUAAAAUAACUAAAAAGAAUACAGUCUAAUUAAUAUGUCAGGGUUGCGUCAUUAACUGAUUUAUGCAUCACAACAUGGUGUAGUGUAGGGUACUGGGGUUAUUCCGAUAGGAAUAUUAUUGCCAUUAGGCGAGUUUAGUUGAGACCACUGUUGAAAUCAUAAUUAUCAUCAAAGACUAUAGUUCGUAUUUUUUUGCAUUAGAAAUAAGGUAAACAAUCUUGAUGUGUCUUUUAAUUGGAAACACAUUUUAAAAAUAACUUACGGCAAAUAUGUAAGAAUUAUGAAUAUAAUACGAUCAUAUACAUUCUUCUGCUUUCAUAAUUGAUAAUUACUGAUUUUUAAUAAGCGUUUUUCAAUUAAAAGACAUGCCAAAAUCGCUUACCUUCUUCCAAGUUCUUUCUAAUGCUAAAAAAAAAACGAACUAUAGUGGUGGUCGUUGAUUCAACGAAGUUAUGGUCAGUUGCACCAAAAGUUAACAGGCUGAUCAAUGCCACGCAGUAGAGAUCUAUGAAAGAAUACUUAGCGAACUUUUUAUUAACGGUGACAUACCGUUUGGUGCAAUCGACUCUUGAUCGCGUCAAGGAACGAAACGUUUCGUGCAACUGCUUUAACUAGUUGAAUUUUAACAUAAAAUAAAAUGUAUGGUUAUGAAACUACACUACGGUACAUACUUUAUAGUUAUACUUUACACAAUUUCAAGGUAAUUACUAAUUAGAAAAGCAUACGAGACGAAAAACUCCAAAUAGCAGUUUGAUCAUUCCGUUGACGGGCUAACCCUAAGACACCUUUUAUUUAUAUUUUAUUUUAGUAAUAAACAUCGCUUCAAAAGUGGCUGAACGAUUUAGCACCUUAUCAUUUUGUUAAUUUAAUUUGUAACUAGAUACGCAACUCUGACUCAACGUAAAAAUAUAAGUAAAGAUAAAAUAUAACUACCUGUUUUAACAAGUUAUCUGUGCUUAGUGUUACACCAAAGAUUUACAUAACAUAUAUUAAUACCUAUGGUUAAACAUAUUGUUCAAUAGCUUAUUUCAUAGAUAGUUGCUGUCUAAAACUGAAAAACUCAUUGGCAACAAUGUUUACAGCUUUCAUAAGUGGCUUAUACUUUGUAAAGGGGCAUUCCAUGAGAAUGUCGCUUACUGUUUGUGCUCUUAUGGCAGCUAUUUCAAUCAAAUGCAGAAAGCUCAUAUGAAUAUACUGUUAAAUUCUCUCAGUUAUUAUCGCUUUCUCAGCAUUUCAAACGUAGGUAUUAGAUGAAUGGCAUUUCGUAUAGCGAAAUUCUUGUGGAGUGCCCGUAACAUGGAUUCUAAAUCGGAAAAUUCUAUGUAAAUCAUACUGGACUUGACACCAAGAAGGAGGCGUAAGCGGGGUAAACAUGACUUUUUGAAAACAAACAGAAAUUUCACUUUUCAGGCCUGUAAAUAUACAUAGACCUAUAAGCUAAAUGGUUUUGUUUGAUAAAAGGAGACUUGAAAUAUAAGUACAUAAUUACUGAUUCUUUUUAUAAAAUUAACAAUCCUUUGUCCUUAUUUUUUUUUAUAAAACCGUAUUUGGAUACUUAUACCUAAAAGGACUCUUUAUAAUACAUAGGUACAGUCAAUCUUACAAUAUUGUACAUUUUUUUUAAAUCAAAUGUUUUGGGACCAAACGAAUAUGAUAUUCACCAUAGACAUUAGGCUUAUUAAUUUAAAUUGAUUAAUAUUCGUUAAUCAUAUGCUUUAACGCUUAAGUAUAAUAUAUAGUGAUUAUUAUUAACUAUCUAAAAUAUGUUAUAUACACAUAUUAUAAUAAGCAAUAUAUUAAUGUUUGAAUAAACAAUUUACUUUAAAA